GCAUUCGGCUACUUCAUAUAUUUUUUCUGAAAGAAAAUAAUUAUUGUAAAAUUUAAAUAUAUAAUUUAGUUUUACGUUUAAGAUAGAAACUCUAUCUUAAACUUCUUUUUUUUUUUAAAUAAAGAUUAGGAAUCAUGCAUGCUAUUUGGCCUAGGUAUCGACAUAUUUAUUGUAAUGCACAGUAUUUUAGGUAUUAUUCGUCAACACCACCUCAGAGACCUAAUUUUUUUAUGAAACUAAUAAAUGAUAUAAGAGAUGAAAUGGCUAAGAAUAAAGAAAUGAAAAAGAAUCUAGAACAAUUUCGUGCUGAAAAAAAAAAAUUGGAACAAUCUGAUAAUUUAAUUAAAGCUAGACAGAAAUUAAAUAAUUUAGAAUCAGAAACAUUCAAAGUAAGCCAGCAAGCUAAAGAUGCAAUGGGUGGAGUUUUUACUAAAGUUAAAACUAUAGUAGAUCAAGCAAGUCAGUCUGAUUUAGCCAAGAAAGCAGGCCAGUUAGGAGAAAAUAUUGGCAAAACUGUAGUUGAAGGUAGUACAAGACUAGGACAGUCUGAACCCAUAAAAAAACUUGAAGCCAUUUCUGAACAAAUUGAUGGAGAAACAUCUUUAAAUUCACAAGUAUAUAGACCACCUAAAACAUUGAGAAAACGAUCAGAUGUAGGUCUACAAGAUACAAUUAUAGUGAAUGAAACUGAGACUGGUGUCACCAUCCAUAAAGAUUCAAAAUUGUGGGAAAGUUGGAAAAAAUUUAAAUCUGAAAAUCCAUUUAUGCAAAAAUUAUCAGAUAUUAAAGAUCGUUACGACGAUAGUGAUCAUGUUUUAGCACGAGCCACUCGCUCAGUUACUAAUACAUUUUCAUCAGUUUUUCAAAAUGCUGAAAUGUCUGAUGUAGUUACAACAAUAUGUCAAGUUGAACCUGAUUUCACUCUAGUAAAUUUUAUUCGUCAAUGUGAAACUGAUAUAAUACCAAAUGUACUCGAAGCUAUGGCUAGAGAAGACUUAGAAAUUCUUAAAGACUGGUGUUUUGAAGCUCCUUAUAGAGUUAUUUCUCAUCCUAUUAAUGAACAUCGUCAAAAAGGACAUCAGACGUAUUGCAAGGUUCUCGAUAUUCAUAAUGUUGAUGUAGUCACUGGGAAAUUAAUGGAACAUGGACCUGUUUUAAUAAUAUCAUUUAGUGCUCAGCAAAUUAUGUAUAUAAAAGAUUUAAAUGGUUUAAUUGUAGAAGGUGAUCCUCACACAGUAAUUCGUGUAAUGUAUACUUGGGCAAUGUGUAGAGACAUUAAUGAAAUGAAUCCCAAAGCUGCAUGGAAACUCUUAGACAUUGCUGCUAACUCCACCGCACAAUUACUAUAAUUUAUGUUUAUUAUUUAUAAAAUGUUGUACUUUUAUCAAAAAAAAUUGUUUUUGAAUAUUAUAUCAGUUAAGAAAAUUA